UGUUUGUUCGCUUUUAAAUUGCCAAUGUUUGCCAACCAGAAGGCGAAGCCUAACAAUGCCGCGAGAAAACUGUAUAGUUGCACCAUCUCCAUGGUUGCACAGAUCUACUUUACGUAAUACAUGCCACGAUAGAUAACGUGCAAGACACUUUCUCUCUCUAGAAUAAAAGAUGUUGUUCCCAUGAUUCCCAUGAAGUACAACCUGCAUAAUCAUACAUGUACAUUCACCUCAGAUACUGGCAAGGUCCUGCUAUAUAACGUUCUAUCUAAGAGGGGACUGCAGUACGAACUACGGAAUAAUCCUGCAAUGUUGGAGAAAUUUUAAACGAAGCUGAAAUUGUAAUAAAGUUGAAGAAGACCGAAAAGGAAUUUGGUAUUGAUGGUUGCUACCGGUGUAUGAACACACGAGGACCUCUUCUUACACUUUCUAAGUUCUAAGAAACAUUUGGAAAGAUGUUGCGAGCCACUUUAAAGAAGAAUCGCACAUUUGGCGCUAUUGUUAUCCUGAUACUUUUACAGAUGUACUACAUGUUUUCUCCAACGCUUAAUGUCUCGGAGAAAACUACAUCAGAGGCAUUAAAUCGGAGAAACAACCCAGUUUGUACUGACAAUCAACAGCCACCUAGGCAGCCAGACGAUCGGAAUAAAACGUUGUCGAAGGUAUUAAACGUGACAGACGCACCGGCUAUCAACGAUAUCGCCAAGGACAUUCACAAGUACACCUCCAAGUCUGAUAUAAAAAUGAAAGAGCCGGAGGUAUUUUACGGAGACUGCUACGCUUACUCAAUUGCAGGGAUGACGAAGCGAACCCCAGAAAUCAUGAACAUGAAUGGCUGCGAGAAGCGUCUUCCGAAAGCCAUGAUAAGAGGGAUUAAAAAGUGCGGUACGGGGAUACUGACGAAAUACUUAUCCCUCCACCCUGUGGUAGUUAUCGAAGGAGAAGUACUUGCUCCUCCGGGGCCACACUUUACGGCCGAUGCCCUUGACAAGUGGCGUUUGAGGAUGAAGUGGUCCAGUCCAAGAAUGUUAUCUAUGACGGGGAAGCCGAUGGGAUUUACUUCCGGCAACAUAAAAAAUCUGCUGGAUCAAAACGCCAAAGUGAUCAUAAUAAUCCGUGAUCCUGUUGUACGUGCUAUCUCUGAUUAUGUCCACGAAAGAGGCAUUUUACUACAAAAAUCAUCGAAAGCUCUUCUUCCACCAUUUAAUGAGAUGGUAAUCAAACCAGAGACAGGUGAGAUCAAUGGUAACGUUUCUAUUAUUGCCAACGGGAGGUACAUUGACAAAUAUCAAAAGAUGAAGAACAAUUUUGGACCUGACCGGGUGCUUGUACUUGAUGGCGAGGCCUUCAUCCAAGAUCCUCUACCGAUCAUGAAACAAACGGAAAGGUUCCUUGGCCUUUCUCCGUUUUUUAAGCGUGAACAUUUUCAGAAAAGCCCCGAGACCGGAUUUUACUGUGCGAAUGUUCGAGAGAGGCCGCACAUCGCGUGCGCCAAUCCUAAAAUAAAAGGGCGCCCUCACCCCGAAAUAAACGAUGCUAUAUCAAAGAAGUUGUAUGAUUAUUAUCGUCCAUUUUCUCUAGAACUGGCCAAGAAAGCAGGAAUUGACUUUCCAUGGUUGUUUCAGUGAAGCAUGAGGGACACGUGAUAAGUACAAGAGAGUGUGAAGUUAUUUCAUAAGUAUAGGCCUACCUUACACAAGCUCUUUGCAAGGUUCACAUGUAAUGAGCUCACGUCCUUUACCAUGUAUUUAACCCAUAUUAUUAUACUCGUGACAGGCCUACACUGUAGAUUAUAUAUCAAGAUAUAUAUUUAGCUUUACCUUCAAUCAAACUGAUCAAAAGGUGAUAUUAGAAUUAGAGUUCGAAUGUAAAACAAUAAUCGAUUCUUAAAGUUUUUUCUAACAACUUCAUUAGAAAUGUUCAUAUUUAUCGAAGGCCUAUUUGGGGUCUUAUAUUUUUUUGUAAUCCAUGUUUAAUCAUCUGAUACUCAUGAUAUAUUUUUUUAUAAUGAUUUCGAUAACUUUCAGCGUAUAAUACUCGUAAUAAAAUAAGUAUUUCCAUUUUCUAAUCAAUCAUUCAAGAUUGAUUUGACUAAAGUUUUUGAUGAUCACGAAUUUGUAUUCUUUUAAAUAAAAAUGUAAUUUAAACAAAUGCUAAAA